AUGUGGUCGGCGCUGCAACAUGCCAAGCAGGCAGCGUGUGGAUUCGCACGUCGCCAUAAGAAGCUGUUGGUUGUAACUGGUGUGGGUGCAGCAUGUGUAGGAGGUGCGUAUUAUACGUACAAGAACAUGCUGAGUGAGGCUGAGCGCUUUACGCAGCAGAUUCAAACGCACCUGGCCGAACACCAGCGUCUACAACUGGCGCUGAGUAGCACAGCGGACGAGAGUCGCGCAACGGUGCGGCGCUUCCUGCCUCGUCUCAAGACACGUUUGUACCAGCUUUUGGAUCUCGAGAAAGUGGUACAGGAGCUCAAGAAGCUUGACAAGACACAGAAGAUUGAGCGCAAUGCGCUCUGGGAGAAUGCAAAGCUACUGGCGUUUACACGCUACUUGACGACGCUUGUGGCUUUUGGAGUGUGGCAUUUGCUCGUGUUUGCACAGGUUUCUAUCAUUGGAAAGCGAAUUUUUGAAAAGAACAAGAGUCCAUUGAGACUGUCAGAUUCUUGGCGAGAAGAGGAGAAGGAACAGGCACAUCAUGCAUUCUUGUCGUCAGGACUCGAGUACUUUUUAGACAAGGGUGUGAGUAAAAUUAAGACCCAUGUAGAGGCUGUAGUGAAAAACAAUACGCAAUUACAGAGCUGGAAAGUCAGUCGCAAAGUGACCGUGAGAGACGAUGAGCUUAAUGAACUAUUGCAAGCAUUGUUCUUAGCGGUAUUGCCUUCUCCGGCUGCGGUAGCUGCUACGGAAAAGCACGAGGAAUCGACAGAGAUGAGUAUGUGGAGAGAGUUUAUGAUCUAUCCAGACAAGCAAAAGGGCCAGAACGAACAUGUGAUUAGCCUUCUCAACGACUUGUGGGAUCUACUAGAGAGCGAUCUCUUUGUGCCUGUACUGCAGCAUAGCUUGGGAUAUCUCUGUGGCAACGCUUUCCAGGACCUUGAUGAUGUCGUCUAUGGACCAAGCAAACAGGAAUCUUGUAUCGUCGAGAAUAACGCUACUGUGCUGCCGGAGAAGAAAGCGGCACCACCUCUUGCGAAGCUUAUUCCAUGUCUGCAAGCAGAAAUGAGCAAGCUUUUGCAGUCUUCAGAGGGACCAGACAGCUACGUUGCUAAGUAUUCGCAAGGUCUUGGGGAGAUGGAGGCGUUUCGAAACUUUUACGAAGCUAUUUUUUUUGAGCAGAGUACUCAAGACUCGCAUAUAGGAUCGACUCUCAUCUAG